UUCAGCUCUUUAUUGUGCCGCUGCGACAACUCCAACUAGGCAACAGUAUCUAACCCUACAUUAGACUUUCUUUGAAAUGUCAUAUUUUUAAGAUGACAAUACCACUCUUGGUCAAGGAGACUGCGUUUUAUGCAGAAUGCCACGUUUACAUAAGCGCUCAAAAUAUACCGGAAUUAAUCCUAUGACUUGUAUCUAAACUGCAUUUAAGUCUUCCGUACUCCAAAUACAAGUCUGCUAAUAGGAAUACUGUUUGCAUUUUUAAGAUAUACUGUAAAUGUAUCUACCAAAGUGGUUUGGACGGUUAACUUUCAAAACGCAUGCUUUUUAAAAAGAAAUUUAAACUGACUGUUUUAGUGAUUUUCACUCAGUGACUAGUCCCAGCAGCACGUUUUCUUUGUUUUGAAAUGCCUGGAUCAUCAUCUCACAGACAGACAGGCGAAACAUCCCCAUUCAGGACACACCGCUGCCAUAGCACAACACAUCUACACUACAGUGUCAAUGCAGCACAAGAUUCACAGUUUGUAAUUUCACUUCUGUUCCGAUUUUAAACACCGACUGCACUGAUUCAUGUUUGCCACCAGCCUCUGGAUCUACAGCUAUCUGAUCCUUCCACACCAGUCUACCUUUAAGCGUGCACGUAGCUUGCGUGCUUUUACGUCGACUCGUGGGCAUGAAAAACAAUGAUGAACAAAUAAAUCGCACUUCACAAUCUAAUUGGCAACAUCGCACUUUGCUUCAGCAACAUGGUAACAAUAAUCAGUUUGAUGAGCUGCCAAAUAUAGAGAUUAUCGCCAUUCCCGCCAUUUCAAGCAAUAACAUUUUUAAAUCUCUUUUUUCUCCCGGCACCGCUGGGAUUUGGAGUUUGAAUACUUGGCGCGGUCUGUAUUUUCCUCACAGGAACCUCGCCGAUAAUAGACUACAAAUCCCAACGUACUACACUGGGGAGACCAGGGCUCCAUGCGUUGGGCGCCUUAUGAUAAUAAGUGCUUUCAUAUGUAAAUGUUAUGAUAAAUUUCUGCUAUAUGCUGAAUGAAUAGUAAAAAUGCUCAGGCCAGCAGAAGAAUAACAACGAGUAUCCCGAAGUUUUGUUUGCUGGGUGAGUACAUUUGGUUUGUUUACAAAUAUUUAAAAGUUUUCUUUUUUAUUUAAAAAAGGUAAAAUUGCAUGUAAUAGUACAAGCUGCUUUUUGGUGCUCUGGAGUUGUGCAUUGCCUAAGUUUACAUUGUUUGUAAAUUUAAGUAUGUGUUUAUCUCACAUACAGGCUUGAAGUAAAGGUGUUUACAUUGAGAGACAAUAGGAUCGCGUGUGACUGGUUUAGAUUUGUUUCCCUCCCUUCGAGAUCACUCUUCUGAGAAAGCUCAAAAUACUAGCCACGAAUGUAAUAUCUUGAGUCUGAUUUCCUUUUGUCACUGCAUUCCACUCAGUGGUUCAACUAUGUUGAUACUGUCUCAAAGAGCACCUCCUAUUUUUGUGGGUCACUGCACUGCAGCGUCUUGAAUACAGUGACAGCGAGAGGUAAAUUAUAAAUUGCAUGUACGCAUUUUGAACAAAGCUAUUUGGGCGAGUGAAUGUCAGAAAUGGGUUUGCAAAAUUACCGCUGUCUGUUUAAAUGUGUUUUUAUUUAAAUUACUGAGGAAUGCCGAGUGGUCUCCGCUGUGAUGGCGUUGAUGACCCGCUGAAUAUGAGGGGGAGGGGAACCAAGCGAAGGGAAAUGCUGCUAUUUCACAGAAAGUCGACAAAAUGUGUCUGCAGUGAGCGCCACAACUUUCAGUUUCCAGGCUGUUGCGUUGUAGACACUCGGAUAUCCGCACGCGUUACAUUGUGGCGGACAUCCUCACACACAUACAUACACACACACACAGGUCCCAUUGGCAAAACUAACUCCAGCUCCGUCGACUUCUGUCUGCUGUUUACCAAGUUGUUCCGUGUCUGCUGCAGCCUUAAGUUUAUUGUUUGGAAUUCGUUCCCCGCAACGUGUUGGUGGUGUUUUAUGAUCCGAGCCCGCAGGUAUGGUAAAAGGUUUAAUACGUCUCUCUUCGUCCUGAAAAUUGAUAUAAUCCGAUUUUGUAACUGGUUUUCAAUCAAUGUCGCUUUUCGGUGAAUUCUCUGGGAGGGAAGAGCACGCCACGCUCAAUGGAGAGCGAGUGCAAACGUGUGUGGCCCUUGUUCUGACUACAUUCAGGCGAGUACCACGAUGGCAGAGAUCAAGUCAAAUCGCAGCCAACGUGCUCGGUAUCAUUGUUAGAUAACGGUGUUGUCGGUAAGGAAGCUCAAAAUACACGUAGCUGGGUGAUUUUGGUUCCGAUCUCGCAUGGUCAUCCGGAACAAACAAGAUGUCUUUGUGAUAGAGAGUUGUCGGCUGUCUUGUUUUGUCUGGCUGUUGCUAUUAGGACACAUGGUGUAAAAAAUGGGUCAGUUUUCACGGAACAUGUGAUGUCGCAGGGUUUGUACAUAUGAACGAUCUAAAUCGUGCCUUUUCUCAGAUUUUCCUGUUGCAAAGUAGAAGUCUUCAGUGAAUUGUUUUCUUGUUGAUCGGUUGUCCGCUCACAAGCUGAAUGAAGGGAGAUUUUGACAGACGGUGAAAGACGAUGUUCGGUUUCCAUAAAUCCAAAAUCUAUCGGAGCUUGGAAGGCUGUUGUAUUUGCAAGACUAAAUCUUCUAGUUCUCGUUUCACUGACAGCAGACGAUAUGAGGAAAGCUUCAGACUUUGUUUUGGUUUAAUAGAAGCACGUGCUGGUGAUAUCUGUAAUGCUUGUGUGCUUUUGGUGAAGAGAUGGAAGAAACUUCCGGCUGGAUCAAAAAAAAACUGGAGUCAUGUGGUUGAUGCACGAGCUGGACCUGGUCUUAAAACACUUGUGAAACCUAAGAAAAUGAAAUCUGGCUGUGAUGGCAAAAAGAAGAACAAAUUGCGGAGACUCCAGCAAAAGCUCAAACGACAGAAUUCAGAUGCACAUAGCACAACGUCCAGUAUUUCUCCUUCCCAGUCACCUAGCCACAGCAACCAAUCUGAUGAAGGUUCAGAUACAGAAACCCAGAAAAGUCUGCCUUUACAACCAGUCUUUUCAUUCCUUGAUCUGACUUACUGGAAAAGGUGA